UCUGACGUCAGCGAAGCGUCGGCUCCGGUCGAGCAGUCUGUGUCGUUUCUCGGUAACUUUCGUCGGUUUGUCAGCGGCACAGAUGGAGGUGACGGUCACCAUGGACCCGCUGUUUCUGGCCUGGAGCAGCUGCAGGAGGCGGAAGUUCCAGAGAUGCUCGGACAUCUGCUCGAAGCUCCUGUCAGAAAGCCCGUAUGACCAGGCGGCGUGGAGCUUGAAGACGAGAGCUCUGACGGAGAUGGUGUACAUUGAUGAGGUGGAGGUGGAUCAGGAAGGCAUCGCUGAUAUGAUGUUGGACGAGAGCUCCAUCGCUCAGGUGGCACGUCCAGGAACAUCACUGAGGCUCCCAGGAACGAGUCAGGGAGGAGCGCCCACUCCAGCGGUCAGGCCGAUGACCCAGUCAGGGCGUCCCAUCACAGGGUUUGUGAGGCCCAGCACUCUCUCUGGUAGACCAGAAACUAUGGAGCAGGCCAUCAGAACGCCCCGCACGGCCAGCACGGCCCGACCCGUCACCAGUGCUUCCGGCAGAUUUGUCAGGAUGGGAACGGCUUCCAUGCUCACAAAUCCAGAUGGACCAUUCAUUAAUCUGUCUAGGUUAAACUUGGCAAAGUAUGCCAAGAGACCGAACUUGUCCAAGACCUUGUUUGAAUACGUCUUCCAUCAUGAAAACGAUGUAAAAAAUGCAUUAGAUCUGGCUGCUCUUGCCACAGAACAUGCUCAGUUCAAAGACUGGUGGUGGAAAGUACAGCUGGGAAAAUGCUAUUACAGAUUAGGUUUGCACCGUGAAGCCGAGAAGCAGUUCAGAUCAGCGCUCGCACACCAAGAAUUUGUUGAUACUCACCUCUACCUCGCAAAGGUGUAUCAGCGGCUCGAUCAGCCCAUCACCGCUCUGAAUGUGUUCAAGCAAGGCUUGGAUCACUUCCCUGCCGAGGUCACGCUGCUCACGGGAAUCGCGCGCAUUCAUGAGGAAAUGAAUAACAUGACCUCAGCCACAGAAUACUAUAAAGAAGUAUUAAAGCAGGACAACACACACGUGGAGGCCAUUGCCUGUAUUGGCAGUAAUCAUUUUUACACAGACCAGCCAGAGAUUGCCCUGCGCUUCUACAGGCGUUUGCUGCAGAUGGGGGUGUUCAACUGCCAGCUCUAUAACAAUCUAGGCCUGUGCUGUUUCUACGCUCAGCAGUAUGAUAUGACCCUGUCGUCCUUUGAGAGAGCUUUAGCCCUGGUGUCCAGUGAUGAGGAACAGGCCGAUAUCUGGUAUAAUCUGGGACACGUUGCAGUGGGCAUUGGUGACUUGACUCUGGCUUACCAAUGCUUUAAACUGGCUUUGGCUUUUAACAAUAACCACGGUGAAGCUUACAAUAACUUGGCCGUGUUGGAGCUACGGAAAGGCCGCAUCGAGCAGGCGAAAGCUUUUCUGCAGACGGCUGCUUCUUUGUCUCCUCACAUGUAUGAGCCGCAUUUUAACUUUGCCACGCUCUCUGAUAAGGUGGGCGAUCUUCAGAGUAGCUACAUGGCCGCUCAGAAGUCUGAGGAUGCGUUUCCUGAGCAUGUGGACACUCAGCAGAUCCUGAAAAACCUCAGACAGCAUUUUGCCACCCUAUGAGACGUCUCAACAGUUAUCACUGUUUAGGCAUAAAAAUGACCUGCAAGGAUUGUAGUUAUAUGUAGAUAUAUGUAUGUAUAGACAUACUCUUCCUGACAUUGCCCGAUUAUAAUUUGUAUGCUUAAUAAUAUAAAGGAUUGUAAAAAAAAAAAAAAAAAGCCUUUUUUUUUUUUUUUUUUUUUUUUUUACUGUUUAAUGUUACACAGCUCCAGCCCACUCCACUGUGGGUCCUUUUGAUGAAUUACAGGAAGUGCAGCUACUACUAAAAUCUCAAAAUGCUCUUUUAAUUUUAAUUUCAGUUAACUGCUGAAAGUAUGGGGUAGCAGUGCACACAUCCAGUGUUCAUAUCGAUUUCAUUUUAAGAUUACUUUGAACUUAAUGGAAAUACAUACUAGUAAACAUGAAUGGUGGACACCUAAGCUUCCACGAAGUGUGGUUAAAAACUCUAUACCCAUUGUUGCAAACUGUCACAACUCUCACAAAACUAAUAAAACGCCUGCAUCUUUGUAAACAUGCCCAAAACUUAGGGUAGUCUAAUCAAAGUUUUUGAGGCUAAUAGUGAUCUUUUUAAAGGUUUCUUUACAUCAUGUAGAAUUAUUUAUAGUGAUACCUCAAUCAGUAUUUUAGGCAAUUCAGUUGUUGUAUGCUGAGUAAGAAGCACUAAUUGGAACACUUAUAACCCUCAUGAGACUGCUGGGCAUUUAAACCUAAGUACUGAACAGAUUUAAGCCAGCUUAUUACUACAAAUCACACAAGCACACCUAGUCAAAAAAAGACAGCAGGCAUGCUUGCAUCUCUGUGUGUUUCUGUGUUUGAUACAGUGGAUAAAGACAGGAGUGGAGGCCUUUUUGCAGGCAAUUAAGUUGCUGUAUGCUAAGUAAAGAGGAAGAAACGGUUCUCUGGCAUUUAAAAGAGGGAGAGGAGAAGAAAAGAGGUCGUCGAGGGCAGGAUUCAAUGUCAGGCUUAUCGCGGCAAAAGGGAUCGAGGCGUGCGCACAGCAUGCACCACAGGAGACGACAGUCGAGAGAUAUCCUGUAGUCCUGUAGCACACUCCGCACGAUAGCAUCGACGCAAACCAGGCAUUUAAAUUUCUUUCAAAGUCACGAUGUUCAAAUUGGACCACUUGUACAGCAAAGAACGCUCUGCGCGCAAAAAAUUACCAAAUAAAAAAAAAUACGAAAACA